CACAACCACAAAUUAAGACGCAAACCUGUUUUCUGAAAUGAGAGUUUACGGAUCCAGAAUAAUGUUCUCUCAUCUGUGCGCUCUCCUCCUGUUUAUCCUGUGUGGUGUGUUUGGUGAUGAAAUUAAGUCUGUAUCGGUGACUGAGGGAGAUUCUGUCACGCUAAAUACUGAGUUUAAAGUACAUGGUAAAGAUAUGUUAUUGUGGAUGUUUGGACCACAAGAGACUCGCAUCGCUGAAAUAUAUUACCAGAACAUGAUUAUUUAUGAAAGUUAUGAGACAUUUGGAGACAGACUGCAGAUGGACGAUCAGACUGGAACCCUGACCAUCAGAAACAUCAGUAAUGAUCACUCUGGACUUUAUAAACUACUGAUCCUCAGCAACAGAGAAAACUCAUACAAGAGAUUCAGUGUCCGUGUCUACGCUCAUCUGCCUGUUCCUGCCAUCACUAUAAACUCUUCAGGAUCAUCAGAGUCCAGAUGUUCGCUGCUGUGUUCGGCGGUGAACGUGGGUCAUGUGACUCUCUCCUGGUACAAAGGAAACAGUUUAUUGUCCAGCAUCAGUGUGUCUGAUCUCAGCAUCAGUCUCUCUCUACCUCUGGAGGUGGAAUAUCAGGAUAAAAACACCUACAGCUGUGUGAUCAACAACCCCAUCAGAAACCAGACCACACAUCUGAACAUCAGUGAAGUCUGUCAGACAUGUGGAGACUCUGUUCAGUUUUGUGGUUCUACUGAAGCUAUGAUCCGAUUGGUCAGCUCUGUUCUGGUGGGAGUGGCUGCCGUCGUUGCUGUAGUUUAUGACUUCCGAUCUGAAAGAGUUCAGUAGAAGUGAACACCAGGC